AUGAGCUUAGAAGACAUCCGCAAAGCUCUAGCCGACGCAAAAUACAACAAAGAUACGCCGACCAAAUCCUUUGUCCUUUAUGAAGAUGUCCAACAGAUAUGGGCGGGGGAGAAACUGGAACAGUUUCUGUGGACGCAUGACCCUGGUCUAACGCCCUCCGAGAUAAACACAGUGCGGGAAACUCUUCUGCGUACAAUUUCGAUCCUCGCGACUAUCGUCCCUUUGGACUGGCUAGGAUGGUCGAGAUUCCGAGAAAUGUUUCUUCCAGCAGACGAUACCCUGGCCGACUUUCGCCGCGAUAAACAUGCUCUCGAGUUCAAAAUGGAGCAUCUGGCUGCGGAUUCCUUUCUUGGUGGUGAUCCACUUGCGCAGCUAUUCAUGAAUUUCAGGUGGAUCUAUUUUCCAGAAGUAUUGAAAGGACGCAAGCACGCGGAAUAUGAGGCGGAGCGUCGGAUCCCACUAUACCAGGAUGAUUAUGUACUACGGGAGGGUGUUUUUGGAACGGUCACCAAGGAGAAGAUACCACCCAACCAUAUCAUCCUGAGUCACUUGAGCGACCACCUCGGUAUACCAGAUGCCCCACAUCCGGUCGAACUCGUUGUUGCUCGAAAGUCCUUUCACAAGCCGAAUCAUUUCGUUGAAGUCAAUGCGUUGAAAAGCCUUCGAGAAAGUCUAUCCACCCACAAGCGAAUAAUCUCCUAUCUAGCGAUCUUCAGCAUUCACAAUCAGUGGAACAUCAUCAUGCCAUGGGCAGAUAUGGACCUGGAGGACUUUUUGGUCAAAGGCUAUCAAAGUAUGGAACCUACUGAAUGCCUCCUCAAAGACCUCAUCCAUGAGACCCGAAAGUUUGCAGCUGCAAUUCACUUUUUGCAUGAGCAUCUUCAUCUCGAGAGUGAAUGGCCGGAGUUCCAUGACCAAGCAAUGUGCCAUAUGGAUAUCAAGCCGAAGAACAUCCUUGUUUUCAAACACCCUGGAUCAUCAACCGGGAUCUGGAGAAUCACAGAUUUCGGUAUCUCUCAUGUAGCACAUCUCCGUCAGUCAGAAGACAGCACACGGGACUCAGGCUAUACGCACGCGAUGCGUAGACCGUCUUUAAGAAUGGGUGAGUACCAGGCGCCGGAUGACCAGGUUCAGCUUAGAAGUGACAUCUGGUCAUUUGGGUGCAUACUCACGCGUGUCUUUGCUUUGGGACUGAAUCCCGCGAGUCUACAAGAGCUUGACAAGCAGCGAAAAGAAAUGUUGAUCGGGGGCAGACGAGACGACUGCUUCCACGUUGGAAUGCCUCCCGCUUUGCAUCCGAGCAUCGAGUCAUGGAUUUACGAACUUCCGAACAGAUACAGUGCUAGCCCCCAGAUCUCAAGUACCGGUGGAGAGCUACAAGAGCAGCCUGACAAUCAGCCUCCGCAAAAUUACAACCCUGGGUUCUUAGAAGAAAUGCAACAGGUUCUUCGAUCGAUGCUUCAGAUAGAUUUCGAACGGCGCCCAUCGGCACGUGAAGUGCGGAGCGCACUGCACAAUCUUCAAACCAUCAACAUUUACACUAGUCAGGGAAUGCAACCUAUAAAGCCAAGCAUGGCAAGCUGGACACCGGGCUAUCUUGCUUAUGCAAUUGAGAAGAACAGAAUGCGAGAACUCGACAUUAUAUUGUCGCAGCCUAUAGAUGUUGAAGAGUGUCUUCACGAUGGCGAGCGUCCUUUAAUAUAUGCCAUUAAUCUGGCAAACGCUACUGUUAUCAAUAAGCUUUCCGACCACCAACGAACCUUCCACCAAAAAAGUCUGGACGUGCGAACCUGCUCGUCCGGAGGGGACACGCCACUCCAUCUUGCAGUACGUACAGGCAACCCGAGUACAGUGAAGGCCGUGAUUGAUGCUUCUAUCCCUCCUCCAAAUCCCGAGUUUGCCGCUUUUCUGAACGAAUUGUCCAGUGAAAGAACGGCGCUCAUGCAAGCGGCCUUUCUUGGUCAUGCUGAUGUGGUUUCACUACUUCUUUCUCAUGGAGCAGAUUAUACAAUUUGCACAGGAGAGCAUAAUUGGAACUGCUUACAUUUUGCAGUAAUACAUGAAAGCAGUGCUAAGGAGGAUGUUAUCAAGGCCUUCAACAAAAAGAUGGGAUUCGAUCAGUUGCCGCCCGGUGCACCUGAAGCCACACCUUAUGAGACGCCGUUAAUGCACCACCUCACGCUUGCGCUUCAAGACUUUUACGGAUAUCCAAACAUAGAUCCUAUGUGGACAAGGAAGUUUCACGCACUUUUGGACGGUGGAGCAGACUUGAACAGAAAGUUCGAUGCUGGAACUCCGCUUGAGAUGAGUCCAUUGGAAGUUGCUCUGAUGGAGGAGAACAAGACGAUUACCCGCAUACUGCUUGAUGCAAAAGCAACCCCGAGAGCAACACUUCCCAUCAACUACAACUUACCAUCAUGGCUCCAUGGAGAAUUGAAGGACAAAGCCAGGAGAGCAAGAACAGCGCAGCCAUCGUUGAGGAGAUAG